GUCAGUUGCGCUUGGGCGCUCAAGCGGUAACAAUCUGCGGAAUACAUUCAUCUUCGAUCGAGAACAAGUGUGAAUAAUUGAAGGAUAACUCACAAAGUGUCAAAAAAAGGUUUCGACUAUCCAUCGUCAUGGAGCGCGAUGAGGCGUCCACCACGACCAGCGAUGAAAAGUCCCAGGAGGAGACUCCCACGGCCGAGGGUCUGGAGACCACGGAACCCAUCAGUUUCCUGAAGCUCUUCCGAUUCUCCACGUACGGAGAGAUCGCCUGGCUCUUCUUCGGGUUCAUAAUGUGCUGCAUCAAGGCCCUAACCCUGCCCGCCGUGGUCAUCAUUUACAGCGAGUUCACAUCCAUGCUGGUGGACCGUGCCAUGAUGUUUGGCACCAGCUCAAAGGUUCAUGCCUUGCCCCUUUUCGGAGGUGGUAAAACACUAACGAAUGCCUCUCGGGAGGAUAACAGCGAAGCUUUAUAUGAUGAUUCCAUAUCUUAUGGCAUUCUUUUAACCAUCGCUUCUGUGGUGAUGUUUAUAUCCGGAAUAUUCUCCGUGGAUGUUUUCAAUAUGGUGGCCCUGCGGCAGGUCACACGGAUGCGGAUAAAGCUUUUUACGUCCGUGAUACGCCAGGACAUCGGCUGGCACGACCUGGCCAGCAAACAAAACUUUACCCAAAGUAUGGUGGAUGAUGUGGAAAAGAUUCGCGACGGAAUCUCAGAAAAGGUGGGACAUUUUGUGUACCUGGUUGUGGGCUUCAUCAUAACCGUGGCUAUUUCAUUUGGCUACGGUUGGAAACUCACCUUAGCUGUGAGUUCGUACAUACCUCUGGUGAUCCUGGUCAAUUAUUAUGUGGCUAAGUUCCAAGGAAAGCUUACUGCCCGGGAACAGGAAUCCUAUGCAGGCGCUGGCAAUUUGGCAGAGGAAAUUCUCAGUGCCAUACGCACUGUGGUCUCGUUUGGUGGAGAAAAGUCCGAAGUGCAGCGAUAUGAGAACUUCUUGGUGCCAGCUCGAAAGGCUAGUCAGUGGAAAGGUGCCUUUUCGGGGGUCAGUGAUGCGGUCUUGAAAUCGAUGCUAUAUCUAUCCUGCGCCGGAGCCUUCUGGUAUGGCGUCAAUCUCAUCAUCGACGAUCGAAAUGUGGAAGAUAAAGAGUACACACCUGCCAUUCUCAUGAUUGCCUUUUUUGGCAUUAUUGUGGGUGCGGAUAACAUAGCCAGAACUGCCCCCUUUCUGGAGUCCUUCGCCACUGCCCGCGGCUGUGCCACUAACCUGUUCAAGGUCAUCGAUCUGACCUCCAAGAUCGAUCCGCUGUCCACAGAUGGCAAGCUCCUGAACUACGGCCUUCGCGGUGAUGUUGAGUUCCAGGAUGUCUUCUUCCGAUACCCCUCCCGUCCAGAGGUUAUAGUACACAGGGGCCUGAAUAUCAGGAUCAGAGCGGGCCAAACGGUGGCCUUGGUGGGGUCUUCGGGCUGUGGAAAGACCACCUGUGUGCAGUUGCUUCAGAGGUUCUACGAUCCGGUUUUUGGUUCAGUGCUGCUUGAUGACUUGGACAUCAGGAAAUACAAUAUUCAAUGGCUUAGAUCGAAUAUUGCCGUGGUGGGUCAGGAACCUGUAUUAUUUUUCGGCACUAUAGCCCAAAACAUUAGUUAUGGUAAGCCAGGAGCCACGCAGAAAGAUAUCGAAGCGGCUGCCACUCAAGCGGGUGCCCAUGAGUUCAUUACAAAUCUGCCAGAGAGCUAUCGCAGCAUGAUUGGUGAACGGGGCUCCCAACUCUCUGGAGGUCAAAAGCAACGUAUAGCCAUAGCCAGAGCUUUAAUUCAGAACCCGAAAAUCCUGCUCCUGGAUGAGGCCACUUCGGCGCUGGACUACCAAUCCGAGAAACAGGUCCAACAGGCUCUGGAUUUGGCCAGUAAAGGUCGUACAACCAUCGUGGUCUCGCAUCGAUUGUCGGCCAUUCGAGGUGCCGACAAGAUUGUCUUUAUCCACGAUGGUAAGGUUUUAGAGGAGGGUUCCCACGAUGACCUAAUGGCUCUGGAGGGUGCCUACUACAACAUGGUUCAUGCUGGCGACAUUAAAAUGCCCGACGAGUUGGAGAAGGAGGAGAGCGUUGAGGAGACCAAACGUAAAAGUCUGGCUCUUUUCGAGAAAUCCUUCGAGACAAGUCCCCUGAACUUUGAGAAAGGCCAGAAAAACAGCGUUCAGUUUGACGAAACUAUUAUAAAAGCCCUCGUCAAGGACACAAAUGCCAAGAUAGUUGAAACUCCCGCCGAAAAACACAACUUUUUCCGCACUUUUUCCCGAAUUCUGAAACUUGCUCGACCAGAAUGGUGCUACCUGAUCCUUGGAACCGUAAGCGCCGUCGCCGUCGGAUUUUUGUAUCCGGCUUUCGCGAUCAUAUUUGGUGAAUUCUAUGCAGCCCUGGCUGAACAGGAUCCGGAAGAUGCACUACGUCGCACAGCUGUUCUGUCCUGGGCCUGUUUGGGACUCGCUUUCUUGACUGGAUUGGUCUGCUUCCUGCAGACUUAUUUGUUUAACUAUGCGGGCAUUUGGCUGACCACCAGGAUGCGAGCGAUGACCUUUAAGGCCAUGGUGACACAGGAGGUGGGCUUUUUCGACGAUGAGAACAACUCGGUGGGAGCUUUAUCCGCUCGCUUGUCUGGCGAGGCAGUUGGUGUCCAGGGGGCCAUAGGAUACCCAUUGAGCGGAAUGAUCCAGGCGCUGUCAAACUUCAUUUCGAGUGUCAGCGUUGCCAUGUACUACAACUGGAAAUUGGCUUUGUUGUGUUUGGCCAACUGUCCCAUUAUCAUUGGAUCUGUCAUCCUGGAAGCAAAAAUGAUGUCCAAUGCUAUUGUGAGGGAAAAGCAGGUGAUUGAGGAAGCUUGUCGCAUUGCCACCGAAUCCAUAACGAACAUACGCACUGUUGCCGGGCUGAGAAGGGAGGCCGAUGUUAUCCGGGAGUACACAGAGGAGAUUCAGAGGGUGGAGGUACUCAUCCGCCAAAAGCUGAGGUGGCGAGGAGUUCUUAACUCCACCAUGCAGGCAUCGGCAUUCUUCGCUUAUGCCGUAGCGCUCUGUUACGGAGGUGUUCUGGUGUCCGAGGGUCAGCUCCCCUUCCAGGAUAUUAUCAAGGUGUCGGAAACCUUGUUGUAUGGCUCAAUGAUGCUGGCCCAAUCCCUGGCCUUUACCCCUGCCUUCUCCGCUGCCUUGAUCGCUGGUCAUCGCCUCUUCCAGAUACUGGAUCGAAAACCAAAGAUCCAAUCCCCCAUGGGCACUAUCAAGAACACCCUCGCCAAACAAUUAAAUCUUUUUGAGGGUGUUCGAUAUCGGGGUAUAGAAUUCCGAUACCCUACACGACCUGAUGCAAAGAUUCUUAAUGGCUUGGACUUGGAGGUUCUCAAGGGUCAAACGGUGGCCUUGGUGGGUCAUUCCGGCUGCGGAAAGUCCACCUGUGUGCAGCUGCUGCAGCGAUACUACGACCCAGAUGAGGGCAGUAUACACAUAGAUCACGAUGAUAUCCAGCAAGAUCUGACCCUCGAAGGAGUUAGGAACAGACUGGGAAUAGUUUCCCAAGAGCCGACUUUAUUUGAACGCUCCAUAGCGGAGAAUAUAGCCUACGGAGACAACCGUCGAUCGGUUUCCAUGGCGGAGAUCAUUGCUGCAGCAAAGAGUGCCAAUGCUCACAGCUUCAUCAUUUCACUGCCCAAUGGUUAUGAUACCCGGAUGGGAGCCAGAGGUACUCAAUUAUCCGGCGGUCAGAAGCAGCGAAUUGCCAUUGCCCGGGCGCUGGUGAGGAAUCCCAAGAUCCUGCUGCUCGAUGAAGCCACCUCAGCACUGGACUUGCAAAGCGAACAGUUGGUUCAACAAGCCUUGGAUUCAGCCUGCUCCGGACGCACUUGCAUUGUCAUAGCCCAUCGACUGUCCACCGUCCAGAAUGCAGACGUGAUCUGUGUGAUACAAAAUGGUCAGGUGGUGGAGCAGGGUAACCACAUGCAACUGAUUUCCCAAGGCGGAAUCUAUGCCAAGCUGCACAAGACCCAAAAGGAUCAUUGAAUAUUAACUAGACAUUUUUAUAGCUUUCACCAAACACCGAAAAACACUUGUCACCAAAAACUAAAUAAACUUUUACCCUAUUUUUUAUCCAUAAA